CCCCGAAGACCGCCUUUCAGCUCGUGUUUGGCGCCUGCCCAGGAGGGCCUGCUGAUUGGCCGCUUUGAAUAUCUCGGCGCGACGCUAUUGGUGGAGCGGGGGCGGCUUAGCGCGGUUAGUUCGAAUCGGCCCCGCAGCGGCGCCCGCAGCGUCCUCUUUCCGCGGCUCGCUGUGUGGGGGUUGUUCUCGCAGCCAGCCAGCCAGCCAGCCAGGGAGGGAGGCAAUCCUAACAAAUAGCAAUGGAUGACUACACAAAGAUAGAGAAGAUUGGUGAAGGUACCUAUGGUGUUGUGUAUAAGGGUCGACACAAAUCCACAGGACAGGUGGUUGCCAUGAAGAAAAUUCGACUAGAAAGUGAGGAAGAAGGUGUUCCCAGUACAGCAAUCAGAGAAAUUUCUUUACUAAAAGAGCUACAUCAUCCCAAUAUAGUCUGUCUUCAGGAUGUGCUUAUGCAAGAUUCAAGACUGUACCUCAUCUUUGAAUUUCUUUCUAUGGAUCUCAAAAAAUAUUUGGACUCUAUUCCAUCUGGCCAGUAUGUAGAUUCCAUGCUUGUUAAGAGUUACCUGUACCAAAUCCUGCAAGGUAUUGUAUUCUGUCAUUCAAGAAGGGUUCUGCACAGAGACUUAAAGCCUCAAAACUUGUUAAUAGAUGAUAAAGGAGUAAUUAAAUUAGCAGAUUUUGGACUGGCCAGAGCCUUUGGGAUCCCUGUCCGGGUGUAUACACAUGAAGUAGUGACGCUGUGGUACAGAUCUCCAGAGGUGUUGCUAGGAUCUGCUCGUUACUCAACUCCUGUAGAUAUCUGGAGCAUAGGUACUAUAUUUGCUGAAAUAGCAACUAAGAAACCACUGUUUCAUGGAGACUCUGAAAUUGAUCAACUCUUCAGAAUCUUCAGAGCUUUAGGGACACCCAACAAUGAGGUGUGGCCCGAAGUGGAAUCCUUGCAAGACUAUAAGAACACAUUCCCCAAGUGGAAACCUGGCAGUCUGGCAUCUCACGUCAAAAACCUAGAUGAAGAUGGACUAGAUUUACUCUCUAAAAUGUUAAUUUAUGAUCCUGCAAAAAGAAUCUCUGGCAAAAUGGCCUUGAACCAUCCAUACUUUGAUGACUUGGACAAAUCCAAUCUUCCAGCCAAUCAGAUUAAGAAAUUCUAAUUCACCAUUGGACUAAAUCCACCUGAGUGGUCUGAGCAAAAUAGUUAAUCGUGACAUUUUUACUAUUGAGUCUGUCUAACUUUUUUUGUUUUUGUAUGUGUCUGUCCUUUCUGCUCUAAAAUUGCAGCUGUAUUUAGCGUGUCCUGGUUUAAAUAUUAAAUGUAAAUAAAUAUUAACCUAUUAUUAGUGCUGAAUUUAAAUACAAUGCAAAUCUUGCUGCUAUUAAUGCAGUCCACUGUUUCUACAAAUAAAGCUUUAAAUCCUCCA